CGCGCGUUACUUCUUUAAAGGUGUCGUGAAGCUGCAGUCCCUACCCGUGGUUGUUGCAUACCUGUCUUUUGUGGCUCUCUCGCCGCUUUGGAUUCGAUAUGUCCGCCCGCUUGGUCUCCGCAAAGUUCUGGUGGUUUAUAAUUUUGCUUGUAGUCUAUUCAGCCUUUAUUCUGUGGUCAUCAUCCUCGCAGCCCUGGCAAGAAAUUGGCCACAAUCUUUGUUUUUAUGUGAGGAAGAUUCCCUCGUGAAGCACGCUUUCUGGGUGUACUACAUGACGAAGUACAUAGAGCUCCUUGACACAGUCUUCAUGAUUGUUAGACACAGGCUGCGCCAAGUUUCUUUACUUCAUAUUUAUCACCACUCCUCCAUUUUGAUGCUGAGUGAAUACGCCUACACGUACGGCAAUUGGCCGGCCAUCUCUGUACCAUUGGGCUUGAAUGGCAUAAUUCAAGUGUUCCUGUAUUUCUACUACGGACAAUCUGCCCUCAAUCCUGGUCAAAGACCCGCUUGGAAGAAGAACCUGACCCAACUUCAAUUGAUUCAGUUCAUGAUCGGACUGUGUCACAUGAUUGUAGGAUAUCUCCAGCACGGGUGGUGCUGGUACGGAAUAGCCUAUGAGCUCACUAUGAUAUGGCUCUUUUCUAACUUUUACUACCAAGCGUAUCUUAAAGAAAGGGCCGUUGCCAAGAAACUAGAAUGAAGCUAGGUUCAAUUUUAAGUUAUGUUUAAUCUCGAGUGUGAAUUGGCCUGACUCGCGGGCGUUCAGAGGGCAGGCAGAGGCGUUUUGGUGUGGUUCUUCGUAAAGUUUCGGUAACUCUACGAGUCCAAGGCCUCAUUUUUAAAUUAAAUAGAAAGGAAAAGAAGUGCUUGUUUUAGCUCGAAAAUCAGAUUAUUAUGUUCAGUUUCUUGAUAUUUCUACCAGCUGUUUACAUUUUGAAAGUAUUGAUUUCAAUGAACUUGAUGAAAACGAGGCAUAAAAAGAAA